GAUCCUUUGCACCAGCAUCUCGGAGGAAUUCUAAUCUUUAAUCAAAUUAAGCAGCCUUUAUUUCUUUCCUCUCUUUAUAAAAGACGCAAUAGUCACAAUGUCGUUUUCAGCUUCAGCACAAAACUAUUGGCUAGAGGACGGCCACAUCCUCGUUGCCACCGUUGAAGAUGAAGAGGGUAACUGGAACGAUUCCCGCAUUGACCUCAAUGACUUCAUUGGUAACGAAGAUGGUUGGUUCAUGUGGGAUGGCGUUAACUUUUCCGAGUCUGGCAAUGAUAUCCGGCUAGAGGGCACCCUCUUGACCGCCGAGCUGCCCAUGCGAGACGGAGGAUACCGCGAACGCCAGGGUAUCCAGCUGGAUGAUCGAAUUGCCAACAUCAACGGCCGAUUGGUGUUUAACUGAUCAUUGAGCACUGAAAUGGCGGGGUAAACAUGGAACUAUCAGUAAAACUCCAUUUCCCUACGGACAGUAGUUCAUAAAUUAAGUAGCUCAGAUGUCCAAUUGAUCAUUA